AAGGAAGAGAAGAUGGUGGAGAAGAAGAAGAAGAAGAAGGAGUCCAGGAAGAUUCUCCUCCAAAAAUGCACUGAAAAACCUCAAGAAUGGAAAAAUCCCCCAUCCCACCCCCAUUAAUUAACUCAUUAAUUAAGAGGCUUUUCCUCCUGGAUUUUGGGAUUUAACAACAAUUCCCCUCCUAUAAUCCAGAGGGAUUUUUAAUUAAAAAAUCCAGGGAAUUGUGCUGUGGGAAGGAUUUUUGGGGCCAGAGCAGCUGGAAUCUGGCAUUUCUGGGAAUAAUAAAAAGGAUUCUCCAUCUCCUUGGGAAUUCUGUGGGUUGGGAGCAGAAUUUCCUCCAGGAAUUCUAUGUUGAAAUCUGAUUUUCUGGGAUUUUUUUGCCUCCCGCAGCCCCUGGAUGCGAUGCACGAGAAGGGAAUGUCGGAGGAUCCGCGCUACGGGCAGAUGAAGGGAAUGGGAAUGCGCCCGGGGGGGCACGCGGGAAUGGGGCCCCCCCCCAGCCCCAUGGACCAGCAUUCCCAAGGUUACCCAUCCCCUCUGGGCGGCUCAGAGCACGCCUCCAGCCCGGUGCCGUCCAACGGCCCCUCCAGCAGCUCCGCCGGCGGCUCCGGCGCCGCCCUGGACGGCUCCGGCUCCGACUCGCCCGCGCUGGGCCGGGGCCCGUCCCCGUUCAACGCCGCCCAGCUGCACCAGCUCCGUGCCCAAAUCAUGGCCUACAAGCUGUUGGCACGAGGGCAACCCCUUCCAGAGCAUCUCCAGGUGGCCGUCCAGGGCAAGCGGCCGCUGCCGGGGAUGCAGCCGCAGAUUCCUGCUCUACCUCCGCCCGCCGGCGCCGCGCAGGGCCCGGGGCAAGCGCCCGGAGCGGGGCCGGCGCCGCCCGGGUAUUCCAGACCUCACGGUGAGGAGGGGCUGGGGGGAGCAGGGAGGGGAUGGGAAUGGCUGGAAUGA